UUCGACGUCUCGGAAUCUUCUAUCUUGUUUCUACAAAACUGCUGUCAAUUUCAAUAUUUCAUCAUCAUUUUCUUCGAAAUGCUUCGCGACGAAGCCUUAAUUCCGUGACGAACACAUUAUCUCCAUCGUAAAACUCGAAAAUAAAUUCCCUGAUCGAUCCUCGUUUCACAGAAUCUGUGUCCACCUCUACCUCGAAGGGACCACCUCCUGGUGAUCAAGAAUGCAAGAAGAAUAGUACCAACUAUGGUUGUAACGAUGCGUAUCUCUGGUCGGGCCAUGUAUUCUCCGGUCCCAGCUUAGCGGAGAAUUGGCUUGGCGACGAUGCAAGAUAACUCUAAAGAAAUGUUCAUUAUUAGAGCACUGGAAAAAAUCCUGGCCGACCGGGAUGUUAAGCGGUCGCACCUCUCGCAACUCAGAAAGUCCUGUGAAACUGCGCUCGACAACCUGCGCAAUGAAAUCAAAGAAGUGUCAGGCACGCAGGUUUCCACUGCCUUGCCACAGCCACGCAGCGAGUCCUAUGUAAUAUCCGCGGAGAAGUAUUUUCUUCCCUUUGAACUUGCGUGCCAGAGCAAAUCGCCACGAAUCGUGGUUACUGCCCUAGACUGUCUGCAGAAAUUAAUUGCUUAUGGUCAUCUCACUGGAAACGUUCCAGACUCCAUAGAGCCAAAUAAAUUGUUGAUUGUUCGCAUCGUGGAAACCAUCUGUGGAUGCUUCAUUGGGCCUCAGACGGAUGAAGGCGUACAGCUACAAAUUAUAAAGGCCUUGCUAACAGUGAUGACUAGUCAACAUGUCGAAGUUCAUGAAGGCACUGUUUUGCUUGCAAUCAGAAUCGUUUACAGUGUCUACUUGGCCUCAAAGAACCUAGUCAAUCAGACAACGGCUCGAGCAACUCUGACACAGAUGAUUAAUGUUAUCUUUGCUCGAAUGGAAACGCAAGCGGAAGAAGAGUGUGUCCGUAAUGAAAUGGAUCAAUCUGAGAUAGUCCAGAGUUGCAAUUCUGGAGGUGACCUGGAAAUGGAGGCAGCGAACAACGAGGAAACUUCAACAGAGCCCAACCAGGAACCGCAACUGAUUGUUCGAGGGAUUCUGGAGGACGUGAUGAACUCUGUAGUACCAGAGGGCUCGACUUGUGUGGCCACAGCAAUUUCAGAAGAUGCAAGCUUGGACCAAGUGCCUAUCGACGACAACUCUGACGAAGCUGUGGCUGAAAGUGACAACAUGGUCAGAGCCAAGUUCACACAUGUUCUGCAAAAGGACGCGUUCUUGGUUUUCAGAGCACUUUGCAAACUUUCCAUGAAACCACUUCCGGAUGGCAAUUUGGAUCCCAAAUCGCACCAUUUAAGAUCGAAGAUCCUGUCAUUGCAGCUUUUGCUCGGAAUCCUUCAGAAUGCAGGACCAGUUCUACGAUCGAACGAAAUGUUUGUCAUAGCCAUAAAACAGUAUCUCUGCGUGGCACUGUCAAAGAAUGGAGUUUCUUCGGUCCCUGAGGUGUUUGAGCUCUCGCUAGCGUUAUUCCUGGCUCUAUUGGCUCGUUUCAAAGUACACUUAAAAAUGCAGAUUGAAGUUUUCUUCAAGGAAAUCUUCAUGAACAUCCUCGAAACCUCCAGCAGCUCUUUCGAACACAAAUGGAUGGUCAUUCAUGCUUUAACUCGCAUUUGUGCGGAUGCACAAAGCGUUGUUGACAUUUACGUCAACUACGAUUGUGACCUCUCUGCUGCGAACUUGUUCGAAAGGCUUGUCAAUGACUUAUCGAAGAUCGCCCAGGGUAGACAAGCCCUGGAAUUGGGAGCUUCACCCAAUCAGGAGAAAUCGAUGCGAAUCAGAGGGCUCGAGUGUUUGGUCUCGAUCUUGAAAUGCAUGGUAGAGUGGAGCAGAGACCUUUAUGUGAACCCAAGUAUCCCAGCGGACCAGCAACUUGCAACAGAGCCACCAGAUCCUCCCAUAGAGGCUCCAUUACCACGUUAUGGAAGCGCUGGGAGCCUGUCGUCUGCGAAUUCCAGUCUAGCGGGGAACAAGGAGAUUCCUGACUCACCUGAACAGUACGAAGUACAGAAGCAGCAGAAAGAGGUCUGGGAAACUGGAAUCGAUAUAUUCAAUCGAAAGCCAAGUAAAGGUGUCCAGUAUCUUCAGGAACAGGGACUCCUGGGGAAUUCGUCGGAAGACGUAGCCAGGUGGCUUCACAUGGACGAACGAUUGGACAAGACUGCCAUCGGCGAUUUCCUGGGCGAUCAUAAUCACAAUCAGGCGAUGUACAGUUACAUAGAUCAAAUGAAUUUUAAUGAUCGAGACCUGGUGACCGCUUUGAGGUACUUCUUGGAGGGUUUCAGACUCCCGGGAGAGGCUCAGAAGAUCGAUCGACUGAUGGAGAAGUUCGCCAGUAGAUACUGCGAGUGUAAUCCCAACAACGGAUUAUUCACAAGCGCAGACACAGCUUACGUGUUAGGGUUUUCCAUCAUUAUGCUGACUACGGACCUCCAUUCGCCUCAGGUGAAGAACAAAAUGACGAAAGAGCAGUAUAUUAAAUUGAACAGGCGAAUCAGUGACAACGAGGACCUCCCCGAGGAAUAUUUGUCAAAGAUUUACGACGAGAUUGCUGGAAAUGAAAUUAAAAUGAAAUCCAAUCCCAACAGACCUGGGAAACAAGUGAUUUCCAGCGAGAAGAAACGAAGACUUUUGUGGAACAUGGAGAUGGAAGUGAUCUCCACGGCAGCGAAGAACCUAAUGGAAUCUGUUAGCCACGUCCAGGCACCAUUCACCACGGCCAAACAUCUGGAACACGUGCGUCCGAUGUUCAAAAUCGCCUGGACGCCAUUUUUAGCAGCGUUUAGCGUGGGUCUACAGGAUUGUGACGACCCUGAAAUCGCUUCUCUAUGCCUGGAUGGUAUCAGAUGUGCCAUACGUAUAGCUUGCAUCUUUCACAUGACGUUGGAACGAGACGCGUACGUUCAAGCGUUGGCCAGAUUCACUCUGUUGACUGCACUCUCCCCCAUCACGGAGAUGAAGGCCAAGAACAUUGACACGAUUAAAACUUUGAUCACCGUUGCUCAUACGGAUGGCAACUAUUUAGGUAGUUCCUGGUUGGAUGUAGUAAAGUGUAUAUCGCAGCUGGAGCUGGCACAGCUAAUUGGCACAGGAGUCAGACCUCAGCUUUUGGGCCCUCCAUCGAAGCCACAUUUUCCAUCACCGCUGGUGAACUUCACUCUGACACACAAUAGUUCGCACCAGAGCAACAAUUUGAAUCUCAGUUCGCUCGACCCCAGUGUAAAGGAGUCGAUAGGAGAGACGAGUUCCCAGAGCGUAGUGGUAGCUGUCGACAGAAUUUUCACAGGAUCCACCAGACUGGACGGCGAUGCUAUCGUGGAAUUUGUGAAAGCUCUGUGUCAAGUGUCGUUGGAAGAAUUGUCCCACCCGACUCAGCCUCGCAUGUUCUCCCUGACCAAGAUCGUAGAGAUCUCUUACUACAAUAUGGGUCGUAUCAGGCUGCAGUGGUCCAGGAUUUGGCAAGUGAUCGGUGACCACUUUGACAGAGUUGGCUGUAGUCGCCGUCAAGACAUCGCCUUCUUUGCAGUGGAUUCUCUGCGACAGCUGGCAACCAAGUUCAUAGAGAAGGGAGAGUUCGCGAACUUUAGGUUCCAGAAGGAUUUCUUGAGACCGUUCGAGCACAUCAUGAAGAAGAAUAGGUCUCCGGUGAUUAGGGAUAUGGUUGUUCGGUGCGUGGCACAGAUCGUUCACUCACAAGCUCCUAAUAUUCGAUCUGGAUGGAAAAAUAUAUUCAGCGUGUUCCAUCACGCUGCUAGUGACAGGGACGAAGCUGUUGUCGAGCUGGCCUUCUCCAUGACGGGAAAGAUUAUCAACGAGCUAUACGCAGAGGACUUUAGUAUUAUGGUCGAUUCGUUCCAAGACGCAGUCAAGUGUCUCAGUGAAUUUGCUUGUAACGCCUCUUUCCCGGAGACUAGCAUGGAGGCCAUAAGACUGAUACGGUCUUGUGCCUCGUACAUAGAUGCUAAUCCAAAUCUGUUUGCAGAGGGCAUGAUGGAUGACAGCGGAAUGGUGUCCGAAGAGGACAGAGCUUGGGUAAGGGGAUGGUUUCCGCUGCUCUUCGAACUGUCCUGCAUAGUGAGUAGAUGCAAACUUGACGUACGAACACGAGCCCUGACUGUUCUGUUCGACGUUGUCAAGACCCACGGAGCAUCUUUCAAACCGCAUUGGUGGAAAGACCUUUUCCAAGUUCUCUUCAGAAUAUUCGACAAUAUGAAACUUCCCGAGCAACAUACAGAGAAGGCAGAAUGGAUGACGACAACCUGCAACCAUGCCCUCUACGCGAUCGUAGACGUCUUCUCCCAGUUCUACGACACUCUAGGUCCCCUACUCCUCGAGCAACUCUACUCUCAGUUACUCUGGUGCGUUCAACAAGACAACGAACAAUUAGCAAGGUCAGGUACUAACUGUCUGGAGAACCUGGUAAUCAGCAACGGGAUAAAAUUCGACGAACAAACCUGGGAAAAGACUUGUUGCUGCGUGCUGGACAUUUUCGAGAGCACUUUGCCUUCUGCUCUCCUAACUUGGAGACCACAGUCGCCCAACAAGGAAUCUGACCUGGACGUCAUCACCGGGGAUCUGGACAUCCAUGCAGGCAUCCUGAAACGCAGCACCAGUUCCCAAAGUUUAACAAACACAGAAUCUACAAAGAGCAAAAUCUUCUCUGCCCUAUUAAUUAAGUGCGUGGUGCAACUGGAGCUGAUCCAAACUAUAGAUAAUGUGGUUUUUUACCCGGCCACAUCCAGGAAGGAGGACCAGGAGAACUUGGCUCUGGCCCAGGCGGACAUGUUCAAUGGAAAGUCCUCUGAAAUCGGAGUUAGAGUCGGCGGGGACCAGCAGAAGGAGGAACAAGGGAUGUAUUGUUCUUUGACAACGACGCACCUUCUGCAGCUGGUGGAAUGUCUUCUGAGAUCCCACAGGUUCGCCAAGAGCUUUAACGCCGACCACGAGCAAAGGAACGUUCUUUGGAAGGCUGGAUUCCGUGGGAAUGCGAAACCCAAUCUGCUAAAGCAAGAAACCCAAUCGUUGGCCUGUGCAUUGAGGAUUCUGUUCAAAAUGUAUAGCGACGAAGCACGGAGGGGGGAUUGGAGCAAAGUGGAGAGUAGAUUGGUGAAAGUGGCUUGUGAGGCCCUGGAGUACUUUUUGAAAUUGUCCAACGAGGCUCAUAGGGAUGCCUGGACGCCUAUUUUACUGUUGCUUUUGACUAGGAUUUUGAAGAUGACGGAUAGUAGGUUCGCCGUCCAUGCGUCUAGUUGCUAUCCAAUGCUAUGCGAGGUGAUGUGUUUUGAUUUGAAGCCGGAGAUGAGGUCUGUUCUGAGGAGGUUCUUUUUGCGGAUUGGACCGGUCUUUAGGAUUACGCAGACGAGUAGUUGUAAUUAGUAAAGAAGGAAAGGAGUUAUUGGAAAAGGGAGGGAGACGUUUUGUAUAGGUAGUAGAGUUUUGGUUUUCUUAAGUAGAAUCUUUGCAGAUGGAAAGAGGAGCCGUUACAAAAGAAACUGAGUGCGUUGUAUAGUUAGUAGAGUUUCAAUUCUUUCGUUAUACUUUCUGUGAAUCGAGAAGAUCGAUGCGGGGAAACAAUUGGCUGGUUCUGGCAAAAUGGAAGUUUUUUGUAUAGUCUUGUAUAGUUUCGUAGUUUCAAUUCCUUCAUUGUACUAUCAACAGACACAAAACAUUAGCAUAUAUCGUUGCUAUAGUAUAUUCUGUUGUCCAAGUAAAACUGUCGCUUAUGUAAAACUCUAGGAAAAGUAUUGAAAUAAUAUUCUCUGUAGAUCUAUUUUCUAUCGUCCUAUGUAUUUAUAAUAGAUUCUUCGUUUUUCUUUUCUUUUUCUUCUGGUACGGAAGAUUACUUUUCGGAGAAGUUAAGCACAGGUAUUCCAAGUCUGCAUGGUAUUUCAUAACACUGUCCAACAAACAAAAAUUCGAAAAUCGAAUUGCAUCAUCUUCGGUGAUCUUUCUAGCGGGUAUAGUUUUUCACGUAAUAACUUGUUUUUGUCCGAUAUCUCGAGGGUUUUUAGAAAAAUUCGUCUCUUUUAAAAAAAACUAAGGGUGAAGGAGCAAUUCGGGUUUCGGAGUUUUCUUUGGGGCAAGAAUCGUCAAGUUUUAAUUUAGACUGCGUUUUUAAUUUAGUAUCGAGACACUUGGAAAAUGGUGUGGAACCAAAAUGAUAUUUUGUCGGAAGAAGUAGGAGGAUUAAAAAAUGAAGUGACGUUUUCCAGCGUGUUCCAGCAUCUUCCAAAUGUUUCUGACUGAAUUCUGUGUGUGAAGAUUUAACAUUAGUUUCUUGAAAACGUAUCGUUUCAUGAGAUCCUUGUGCAGUUGUUCGAAAUAGAGUCAAUAAAUCCGAGAAGAAUUGGGAAAAGAUACUCGUGGGUUCGUUGAAACAAUUGUACUUGAAACAGCUGAAUUUCUGACUCGUACUAUUGUUUUUAAAAAUAAAACCCGUGUAUAACGCAUACUCAUCGGUAGCAUAAUUAUCCAUCAUGAAUUGGUAUGCGAACAAGUGAUAGUUAUAAUAGCUCGCUGGGGGAUUUCAAUUGAAAAGUUAAGGCAUUGAGAAUCUCCACGGACACACGUUGCACGUAUAUUCAAACCGUACAGAACUAUUUAUGCUUAAGUUAGACUAAUUAUUUACAUAAUACAGACUUCUUUAAAUAAAUUCUAGAGAAACGAACACCCUUCGAUUGAUUUACUAUCCUCGAAAUGAAAAGACUAUCGUAGAAUUGUUCAUUUACUUGUGCAUCAAAUUGUACUCGAUCUAGUGACAGA